AUGGUCGAUGCCGGGAUGAUGGACCAAGCUCUGGAUCUCUUGUUGAAAGGAAGAGCUGAAUUGUUCAAUUUCCAAAAGCCAGGCAUGUACAUGAAUCUUAUUCGUGGCUACUUGGAACAGGGGAAUCUCGACAUGGCGUAUCAGCUCCGGGACGACUUCAAGACUUGUUCCACACGCAAUGAAAUCGCAAUCCUGGAAUCACUAUUCGUAGAGUAUUUGUUCAAGCAAGGCAAGGAUGAGGAGGCUAUGGAUCUAUACAGGAGCUCAGUGACGAUGAACAAGAACGGCUUGACAGAAAAUGCAACUGUGGGCAAUGUGUAUUUAAAACUGUUGCUCAAGUACGGCAGAAAAACACAGGCCUGGCCAUUGUUUGGGUAUAUGCUUGACAAUCAUUGCUGCUGGUUUCGGUUUGAUGCGGAUACUCUUAAUUUGAUGGUGAACGAGUGUUUCCAGGUGGGACGGUUCAGCGAUGCGCUCAACAUCUUCACCAAGGCCAAGACAAAGAAUGGGCGGCUGUCCGAGGCUGAGAGUUUGUUUGAUGAAUUGCUGAAAGAAGAGGUCUUGCCAGAUGAUGAAACUUAUAAAGCAAUGAUUCGUGCAUUUGCUGAGUCUGGAAGGGUCGAGGAUGCCGUUCAAACUGCAGACAAGAUGAUGACUUCUAAACUCCACAGGAUGAUAUGUGUCCGUGGUGAGGAUAAUGGUGGAUAUAGAGAUGAUGAGGCUAAGAAGAAGAAGAAGGAUGAUGGUGGAUAUAGAGGUGAGAGAGGAAUGGUUGAAGAGGGAGAGUACUGA